AGCUAAUCACUCGGGAGAGUAACUGUUUACUAUCCGCAAAGCAAGAGUUUUUGUGUGAAAAAACGGAAAUUCCGUAAAUUUUACUUAGUUUGCUUAAAAAUAUCGAGAAAUGGAAGCAGGAUUUCGGAAAGCUGAUAUUAACUCUCUUCCAAAAGUGGAUUUUUAUAUGGUUCAGCACUUUUUGUCCACCAACGAUAAGUUCCGCGAUGCAAAUAAGCGUGGAAAGAUCCAAAGAUCCAGCAAUCCAGAUUACUUAAAGACAGCCAUAGGAAGAGUUCAAUACAAAAUCGAAAAUGAUGUGUUUACCGUCAAAGCUAGGGUAGUGCCGGAACACAAGGUAACCAAAAGGCAAUAUAGCGUUGUGGCCGUCAUCGAUAAUCAGGAGGAGGAGAUCAAGGACGUAUUCUGUGAAAGCGAGAGUGAUGGGUGUAAGGCAGCCGCUGGCGGCUGCAAGCACGCAGUGGCGUUUUUGUUUUAUCUUUAUGAGAAAUAUUCAUCACCAUCCCCAACUGAUACCACUUGUUUGUGGAAAGUACCACAACUAGCACGGGUCGAUGAAAACAUCGAUAAUUUCGAUUUGAGCUUGCACAAUCCAUCUGGUAUCAAAAGGAAAAAUGAUGUGGAAAAUGGAAGUGGUAGAUUUCUUGAAACGUUAUUAGGAAAAUGUCCCGACUCUCACACGAACACUGCUUUGAAGUAUCAUAAAUCAACUUCCCAAAGUGAUGCGUGUUGCAUGUACAAUUUGAUGCUAGAAUUCAAAUCACAACCUUUGUCAACCAACGACUCAAAAGCCUUCAUUUCCUUUUGUAAGUGCUCCAUUUCUGUACAAGCUUGUACCUCCAUUGAGGUGAAUACAAGAGGACAGAAUUCGUCAUUGUGGCACCGACUGAAGUUUGGUCGAAUUACUGCGUCAAAGUUAUAUGAACUGUCUCGUUGUUUGACUCCCGAUGGAUCAUUGGUUAAUGCUGUAAUGGGGUAUAGCAGCCAAACUACGGAAGCAAUGGAAAGGGGUCUACGGCUUGAGAAUAAGGUAGUCGAUAUUAUAAGUAAACAUUAUAAAAAUGUUAGACGAUGUGGUCUUUAUUUGCAUCCUCGAUAUCCUGCAUUUGGAGCUUCUCCUGAUGCAAUCAAUGAGAAUACUGUUUUUGAAAUCAAAUGUCCCUUUAAGGAAGAAAACAUCAAAUAUUACAUCAACAAAAAUGGAAAACUUAAAGAUAAAGUAAAUUGCCAAAUCCAUUUGCAAAUGGUUAUGACACAGAAAGAAAAUGGAGUUUUAGUGCUUGUUCGUCCUGGUUUUGAGAAGAAUCGAAAUCCUGAAAAGUUUGUAGAAUUCCAUGAAGUUAAUUUUGAUAAAGACUUUAUAACGAAAGCAAUGAAAUCUAGCUAUAAAUUUUGGUGUGAGCACAUUUUUAUUAAAUUGUAUGGGAGGUUUUAGGUAAGUUCGGAAGAAUAUUCAUAAAUAAAAUCACAAAUUUAAACAAA